CCCUAGUGCCUUUGUGGCGUAAUUCCAUGGGGCAAGUACCUACCACGAAGAUCCUUCAUUCCACACCAAGCACUCUUGCCAUUGCCUAAGAACUAAAGUUGACAAUGGAAGAGGCGACCGCUUACCUGAGAGAUGGGGUCCUAUCCCAUCUGGAAAAGCUAGAAGCUCAGGCACGGAAACUAGCACUGAAGCAAGAAGAAACUCAACGGCAGCAGGAGAAUUUGGUCAGGCUGAGAGCCAGAAUCCAGGAGCUGAGACUCCAAAGAGAUGAGCUCCAGACCAAAGUGAACCUACAGCAAGUUGGGCUCAUCAGGCAGGAAGGAGCCACCGGCAGUAAUGUGGAGCCCGUCCAAGCAGCGGAGACUGGAGGGCAAGCUUUUCUAAAAUGGAAAGUGGAAAAUGUCAAGGCCAUGCUGCAAGCCUUUCGUCUGACAGGGAUUAGUGGGAAAUUGACCAAACAAGGAGUCUGUUUCUGCAUCAGCACUGCUUAUGAAGGCACCUACCUGGACUCCUACUACCUGGACCUCCUCAUACAGCAACCAGUUCAGAUUCGUCACCACUCUGUCCCCAUCUUCAUCCCCUUGGAGCAAAUAGCCAAGAAGUACUUGCAGACCGACAUCAAAUGCUUCCUGGCUAUGUUGUCUGAUCACCUGAAUGCUUAUGCUGGAAGGAAAUACCAGGCAGAUCAGUUACAGGACCAUUAUUCAGCCUUUCUCGAAGGAACCUUGCAGAGAAACUCGUUGCAUAAUGUAUUGUUCUUUAAUUAUGAUGUGGAAACAGAAAGCAAGACCUUUCCAUUCAGAGCAAAGCUGGUUUAUGGCGAUCUCACCCGUAGUCUUCCAACUGAGGCCACUAUUACAUGUAAAGCAGGGGAUGUUUCUGACUCUCUGGUGGAGAAGACAGCAGUUCAUUCAAACUUGUUCCGCCACACGGCUCUGCACACAGCCUUCAAUUCCUUCAGAAGAGCAGCAGAAAGUCUGGAUCAAACAGCGUAA